GCAAAGCUGCUGGCUAAAAGACUUGUAUUGCAAAUGCCUGUAGCUCUUAAUGCGUGUUACCAAAAGUGCGAUGUAUUACUGCAAAUAAGAUAACGUUCCCAGUCAAUCUGUGUCAUCUUUUUAGGCUUUACCAUCCAGGGUUGUCUUUGGGAUCGUAACUAAGUUUAUAAAAACUUGUGAGGACUUUUCGCUGUUGUUUGUAAUAAAUUUCAAAUCCACAUUACUAUGAUCAUGGACUAUAGCAUAUCUUUCACUGUCAGGGAGCAUUUUGCUUGAAAGCAGCUGUUUUCAGCAAAGUUUUAUUAUCAUUUCAUUGCAAAAAUGUUUUCCCUAGGUCUCUAGGCUCUGUUAAAAGGGUUUAAUAUAAAACUGUAAGUGGCGGAUUUCGAGUAGACAAUAGUCCAUUAAAGGGGUCAUCUCUUCCUCUGAAGCAGCGGUGCUUCGGUGAGAUGCUGUGGCUCCUGGGUUGGGCAAGACAACCGCUUCCUUGGUAAAUAGCACUUGUGAUUUUCCGCAAGAGGUGGGCACUAAACAUUAAAGGACAAAACCUUGGUGUAGCGUUUGGAUUUGGCGGUGUAAAGCAUGACAUAUGCCAGACUUCAGGUGGUAGGAGACUCCUUGGGAGCCUGUCAGACACACCGUGGAUGUCCUGGGGGUGAAAUCUCACAGCGGCAGUCGCCGCCGAGGUGAUGUGAAUGGUAACUGGUUUUCUCUGAAUCAGCAGCUCCUGUAUUUUUUGCUGACGAGCAGCUUGGGUGCUGCUGACAAAGAGCUAAUCCUUGUGCUUGCAGGGAUGGGGAGAGUUGAGAUGCUGCGGCUGAUACUGUGAAGGGAGGGCUUGAGGACGUGCUGGGCUUUCCUCAGAGGAGGGAAGGCUCCGCUGCUCUGCUGAGUGUGUGCAGUGAGUGGGUCAAGCACAGGAAGGAGUGGGAUGCAGAGAGGGGCUUUUUAGUGCACUGCAUUAUUUAUGCUGCUUGGGGUAUUUUUUUUCUUGUGCUUCGGCACAGGCAACGUCCAGCAGCUCGUGGGCUUUUGUACUUGAGGCACUGCUGUUGGAUGACAGACAGGAGGAAUGGCUGUGCUCUGGGGAGCACAGGUUCAUCGCAUUUCUGUCUCCCUUAUUGCUCGUUGUCCUGGCAAGGGUGUUCAUGAAUGCCGACCGAGAAGACACACGGGAAGCCUGCCUAGCUGCCAGCCUUGCUCUUGCCCUGAACGGGGUUUUCACAAAUGCCCUGAAGCUCAUUGUGGGGAGGCCACGGCCAGACUUCUUCUAUCGAUGCUUCCCCGACGGACGAGCAAACGCAGAGCUGGUGUGCACAGGCGACCCUGGCAUAGUGACUGAGGGACGCAAAAGCUUCCCCAGCGGACAUGCUUCGUUCGCCUUCACUGGUCUUGCCUUCUCUGCCUUCUACAUAGCCGGGAAGCUGCGCUGCUUUGCUCCCGGCCGGGGAGGCAGGGCUCUGCGGCUCUGCGCCUUCCUCCUCCCGCUGUUCCUCGCCACCCUCAUCGCUGUGUCCCGCACCUGUGACUACAAGCACCACUGGCAAGAUGUGUUGGUUGGCUCAGUGAUCGGCUUCGUGCUUGCAUACCUCUGCUACAGGCAGUAUUACCCUCCUCUGAUGGACUCCAUGUGCCACAAACCAUUUCUGUACAAAUCCAAACAACUCCCAGCACACCAAGAAAAGCCUGCGGCUUCCAGCUUUCACCUAGAUAUAUAGCGACGGGCUCUGUGCUGCCGGCACCUCUCCUGCUGCUCCUUCAGUGCUAGGGCAGGGGAAGGCUUUAGGGGAGUUGGUCGUGGACUGCAAGAAGUGGCUCAAAUGAGGAUGAACCUGAAACGCAAGCAGGCAUUCUCUGCAGUGCUGGUAAGUUGUCCUGCUCAGGGGCCUGUUUUGCUUCAUUAACCAAAUUUUGUAGGUGUCCCUCCCUUUGGGCCCGCUGUGAAGCAAGCGAGGCAGUCAGCAUGCAAGCCUGCGGGAGGACAGCUCGGUUACAAAAGGAGCUGAAGCAAGAACUGGCAAAAUAUGGCAAUUUGGUGUGCCCCAUCCGGUGGGUGUUCUUGUGUCCAGUCAAGAAAGCACCAUCAGUCAUCUCCCUUCAAUCCAGCCGAGCUGUCCCAUCCCUUCUCCUGGGAAGCAUAUGUCGAAAUGAAGUGCAGGACCUGCUCCUGGCACCAGGUUUCAGCUGAGCUAAUUUGGAGUAAUGAGUGCGAAGUUGCAGUCUUUAACCAUGGAUUGAGUGGGGGAGAGGGAAGAUGAAACUAGUAUGAUCGUUAUUUGUGUUACUGUGCUAGCCCUGAUUUUUUCUAAGUUGCCAAAUAAAGGAGUUUAAUUUUUUUAAUGAA